AUGAAACAAAGAGGACAGGAGGCAUGGCGACGGGGACCGCAUUUACUCGCCGUUUUGGUUUUGCUUAUUUUCUUCAGAGCAGCUUCAGCACAGCUGAGAUACUCUAUAUCCGAAGAGCUCAAAGAGGGAAGUUUUGUUGGGAAUAUAGCUAAAGAUUUGGGAAUUGACCUCAAUUUGAUGAAGCAGAGGGGAUUUCGUAUUAUGCCCGGCUCGUCUGAGUCUCUUUUCAAGGUAAAUGAGAAUGAUGGAGUCCUUUAUGCAAGCCAUAAAAUUGACCGAGAGGAAGUAUGUAAAGAGAGCAGUGUAUGUUUAAUCAAUCUUAAAACUGUUCUCGAAAACCCACUAGAAGUACAUUAUGUCACAGUAGAGAUAACAGAUUUAAACGACCAUUCCCCCACAUUUCCAGAGAAAACAAAGAGGCUGGAGAUCUCAGAGUCCGCGUUACCUGGGGCACGAUAUCAGUUACAAAAUGCUCACGAUCCUGAUGGUGGCACAAACUCCGUCCAACAGUAUAAAAUCAGCCAGAAUGACCAUUUUCGUUUAGAAGUUAAAGAUCGUGGGAGAGAUGGUAAAACUCCAAUUUUACAACUACAGAGGCAGCUUGACAGAGAGACCAAACGUAGUCACAAACUGAUUCUGACGGCUGUAGAUGGCGGAAAUCCCCCAAAGACAGGCACAGUUGAAAUAUACAUAGAUGUUCUAGAUGUUAAUGACAAUAUGCCAGUGUUCAUCAAAGACACAUAUUCCGCCGUGCUACAAGAGAAUGCUCCAGUCGGCACAACAGUUAUCCAAGUUAAUGCUACUGAUCUGGAUGAUGGUCCAAAUGGCGAAGUUGUUUAUUCAUUUGGCAGUGAUGUGAAAGAUAAAAUUCGAAACCUGUUUGAUAUUGACUCUGUUACUGGGGAGAUCACUGUAAAAGGUCGUAUAGACUUUGAGGAUCAAGACAGUUAUGACAUUGAUAUACAGGCCUCUGAUAAGGGAAAUAUUCCAUUCCGAACAGAUAAAAGUGUGAUCAUUAAAAUUGGAGAUACAAACGAUAAUCCUCCUGAGAUCGAAGUGGCAUCUUUGUCAAGUGCCGUUUCAGAGGAUUCUAGACCAGGAACAACCGUGGCGCUUAUCAGCAUAACUGAUUUAGACUCCGGGAUAAAUGGGAAAAUAAUUAGCUAUGUCGCCAAAGAUAGCCCUUUUACACUAAACCCAUCAAUACAAGACCACAUGUUUGCUGUUGUCACAAAGUCAGAGCUUGAUAGGGAAGAACAAUCAAUAUAUGAUAUUACAAUAAUCGCCAAAGACGCAGGUGAACCAGCCUUAACAUCCGAAAAGACUAUAAGCGUGAUUGUAUCAGAUACGAAUGAUAACAGUCCCAAGUUUUUAGUGAGCCCCUAUACGUUUUACAUCGUCGAAAACAACCCCCCAGGAGCCUCUGUGUUUUCUGUAAGAGCCUCUGACCUUGACGAGGGAGAAAAUUCGCUUAUCUCGUAUCACAUUUUUAGGAAUGCAAGCUAUGAAAAUAAGGUGACAUCAUUUCUCAACAUAAACUCUGAAACUGGAGAUAUUUUGGCGCUGAAAAGUUUCGACUUUGAAACUCUGAAAACUUUCCAGUUCCAAGUUGUCGCCACAGAUUCUGGAACUCCGUCACUAAGCAACAACGUCACAGUGAACGUGUUCAUUCUGGAUCAGAACGACAACGCUCCAGUCAUCCUGUAUCCAGUCAGCUCCAACGGUUCUGCUGAAGGUGUGGAGGAGAUUCCCCGCAAUGUCAACGCAGGACACUUGGUGACUAAAGUCAGAGCCUAUGACGCUGAUAUAGGAUAUAACGGCUGGUUACUCUUUUCACUGCAGGAAGUUACUGACCACAGUCUCUUUGGUUUGGACCGCUAUACAGGACAGAUCAGAACACUUCGCUCAUUCACAGAGACAGACGAGGCUGGGCAUAAACUGGUCAUACUGGUCAAAGACAAUGGCAACGUCUCACUCUCAGCAACAGCUACUGUCAUUGUCAAACUUGUGGAGGCCAAAGAGGCUUUUGCUGCUGAUGUUAAAAGUGCAACUAAAGUUGACGAGGAGGACAAUGUUACAUUUUAUCUGAUGAUAACUUUGGGCUCAGUUUCUGUACUUUUUAUCAUCAGUAUCAUUGUGCUGAUUGCAAUGCAGUGCUCCAAAUCCACCGACUAUACUUCUAAAUAUCUCCAAGAGACUAAUUAUGAUGGGACACUGUGUCACAGCAUCCAGUACAGAUCUGGAGACAAACGAUACAUGUUAGUUGGACCCAGAAUGAGUAUAGGAUCAACUAUAGUCCCUGGCAGCCAUGCGAACACACUAGUGCUCCCUGACAGGAGGAGGGCAUCUGGAGAGGUAAGAUAG